UUUUGACAGCUUAACCUCAAUUUGUAUCAACUUAACCUUGUGUUUACAAAUUGUUAUUGCUUAGAUUAAUUAAAAAUGGGUGAAGAAGAACCACAAAACAACGAACAUAAGAAAAGACAACGUAAGAAAAGGAAGAAUUUCAUCUCCAACGCCAAGAAAUACGCUAAGAAAGGACAAUUAGGUCGCGGAACAAAAAUUCCCGAAGAAUUGUACCAAUAUUUUGUUGGUAUCUUAGAUGUUAUAAAACAAGGCGUGCAAGACCCAGAUGAGAGAGAAGCGUUAGUCAAAAAUGUACUAGAGCGGACAAAAGAUGAAGAAAUAAAUGUUGUUGGCAAUCAACUAGGAUGCCGUCUCGUAGAACUGCUGCUUCCCUAUGCGUCAGCUGAAGACCUUGAAAGAUUCUUCGAUGUGCUAUCACCAGAGCUACGAAAACUCUGUUCUGAUAACUUCUCCAGUCACGUUGUUGAAACUCUGUUACGUGUCUCAUGUGUACGAGCCACUGAACACUUGCAAAUAGACGAUGAACCAGUUGCUAAGAAGCAAAAAACAGAAGAGAAAUACACAGAAGAACAUGUCACAGCAUGCCGCGAAUUCACUUUGAAGAUAUGUAAAUAUGCAUUGAAUAAUCUGGAAGAUUUCGUCUGGGAUCAAUAUGCAAAUCACAUUUUACGGAGUGCAUUGAAAUGUCUCAGUGGUAUAACUCUGCUGCCAGGUGAAAAACCUAAAGUGAACCUAUUUAAAGAGACCGUACAAGAUAAGAAAGGCAUUCCACCACAUUUGACUGAAAUGACAUAUAAAAUUGUACCAGAUGAUUUCAAAGAGAUCGUCACAGAAUUUGCGAAUAGAUUGUCAUCGUGGCCUCAGUUUAAAGAUAUGCCUUACCAGAAUUUAACGUCUGGGCUAUUGCAAGUGUUAUUAUAUGCGGCCAAAAACGUAGAUAAGAAGUUAACUAAGUCCUUAGUUGGUAAGUUGCUGGAUGAAAGCUUUGCACCAGACGGAUGGGCGGGGGAUGGUGCAGAUGAAAAGAAAGAAGAUAAAAAGGAAGAUGGUGCAGAGGCCAGUCCGUUGCCACCCGUUUUUGAAUCUGAAUCUGCUGUCAGGCUUUUGGAAGCGGCUCUGUUUGUGGUCAAGAAAAAGACAUACACACAAAUAUAUGCGCGCUGUUUCAUCAACCGUCUGGGCCAGCUGGCUGCGAUGCCAAUGCUCAACUUUACCGUCCAACGGCUGAUAGACAACUGUCACAUAAAGGAAGAGUUUGAACCAAUGUUCGACGAGCUAUCGGAUAAAUUCGACGCGCUUUUAGCGUGUGGCAACACCGGCGUGCUGGUUGCCCUCGCUAAGGGCUGCUUGAGGAUUAAAGCGAGACAGACUCAGUUCUUGCAGAAUUUAGAGAAAGCCCUUAAUUGCUCAGAUGGUGAGAAUCAAAAGCACUUUGCGAUACAAUGCUUACGCCUGGCGCCGCUCGGGGGCAACAUAGAGGUGGCCACUCAAGGAUUCUUCAUACACAUACACGGUUCCGUUAUAUUGCAGACUCUGCUUGAUUUUCAGCGACCUACGAAACCGGUGCAAAGCCUGCUCGAGUUGCAGACGGAGAGUCUUCUGUACAUAUUCAGUGAGGCCAAAGGCUGCCACGUGGCGGAUGCGUUUUGUAAGGGACAGUUUGUUGGUGUAAAAGCGAGGGAUAAACUUAUAUGGAAGCUGAAGGGCUGCUACCAAACGCUAGCGAUGUCGCAGUACGGUUCCCGCGCUUUCGAUAAAAUAUACGAAGCGGCAUCCGAUGAGCAAAAAAUUAAAAUAAUGGCGGAAUUAAGUGAAAAAUGUAAUCUUCUAAACAGCACUGCUUGUGGACGAUUGAUUGCGGCCAAGUUGGACGUCGCCGCGUUUAAACUAUCUCAGAAGAAAUGGGAGCAGAGCCAUUUGAAAAGUGAUAAUAAAUGUGAAUAAAUGU